UGGAAAAGAGAGGGGUUUGCAACCCUAAACGGGACGCGAACGGCUCUGCCCUCGUUGAACGAUCUCGUCCGCCUCGAGUCUCUCCGUCGCGCUUCGUCUUCGCAUAGGAGAAAGCGGCAAUCAUGGUCAAAUUGAAUCUUGCUGCUGAAGUUGUAUAUGAUCCUUCAAAUUCUCGUACUUUUAAAUCUCGUUCCGGAUCGUAUGCUAAUGAAAGACGGAACUUCGUGUCAGGAAACCUUGCAGAUAUGUACAGGAAGCCGAUAUCUAAAGAAUCUGAUGAUCAGUCAGACAGUGAGAAUGAGAAGAUGGACAUUAGGAAAAUAUUGAAAGAUGUUGAAUACUUGGGUGCAUCAAAUAUGUCGUGGAAAGAGAGGAAACAGCAUGAGAACCGAAAAGUAGUUAGUUUAGGUGGAAAGCCUCCUAAAAAGCAUCGAACACCGUUAAGUGUGGCAAAACCAGCUAUGAAAAAUCAGAAGAAAAGAGAAGAGAAGAAAAAGGAAGAGGAGCUGAUUCUUGGCCGAUUUGCGCUGAAGAGUAACAGUAAAGCCAGGAAGCCAAAACCAGAGGGCAGGGGGUUGAAAGCAACCGAGGGACAUUUCAGGAAAGGCGUUCUGAAUGUCAAGCAUCUUUUGGCUCCCACCACAUCCAAAAGUAGCACUUUUGACAACAAGAAGGGGAAGAAGAAAGUUACGGGUAAGAAGAGUAAAAGAAAGGGACGUUGAUUGAAUGUGCUAAAAAAUUUUGUUGUGCCAAUCAUGUCAUGCAAGGAAUUUUUUUUCUUUCAUAUGUCAAGGAUUGCAAGAAGCUGUUCAUCAUUUGAAGCUUUAUGUACGUUGUUUUAACCAGAAUCUAGUUUUAUUGUAAUUCUAGACAUAAUAUAUAUGAUUUCUUGGACAGGAACGUACAGGAAAAUUCACCUAA